AUGCUCCUGAACUUCAAGCCGUCAGAAGAGAUUAGUCUCGCUCAGCUGGAAAUUGACGCCUCUGUUGUAGAAAUGGAAUCGAUAUCAUCUGAGCCAACUCAGCAUUUGAAUGACGGGUUGUUUCUCCAAGAAGGGAUGUUUGAGAACCCGAAUGAGUUGGAUAUUGAUUGGAACAUAUGGCACUCUCUCAUCGAAGAAGCGAGUUUUGACGAGGCCUUCCAAGGGAUAAUAUCUAAUCAUUCCGAGUUUGAUGAUGAUCCCCAAUACCGAGACACUCAUUUUCCUUCAAAUUGA